UCCAGAACGAAAAAAUCAGUUCAAUAAUAAUAGAACCAGCUGAUUGACUAAUCAAGUGUCAUUAUUUGUUUAUUUUUAUUGAUAAGAUUAUAAAUAACAAAUUUUUGCAGAUGAUAUUAUAAAUCGAUAUCCCAACAUUUGAAUCUAAAGGAUCGGUUAAGUACAACUGAAAGGCAUUCAUUCUUUUUAGGUCAAAGUUCUUUUAAUGACAAAUUUAGUUUCUUUGUAUAUUAAAAGUUAAGGUUCCUUUAUUGUCUGCAAGGAGAUGCUGUAAAUAACUUAAAUAAAUUUGUUACAAAAUGGAAGGCAUACAGUGCUCAGAAUUUACGUUUUUUAAUGAUUUUGACUCUGCCAACCUUUCACGUGUUGAAUAUGUCCCACCCAAUGAAUCUGUUGUCACAAAACAACCUGGAAACAAGUCUGUUAUUCCUGAAAUCCCUGAUGCUGAAUUUAACAUCUGGACAAAGCCAGAUUGUUCUGGAACUGAAUGGGAAAAUGGAAAUAGAACAUGGUUCUAUUUUGGGAUGAAAGCCAACAAUCCCUCAUUAUUAAUAAAAUUUAAUUUGGUUGAUUUAAAUCGACAAGGCAAAAUGUACAGUCAGGGAAUGGCACCUGUUUUUCGAAUUGUACCUGGUAAACCACAGUGGGAACGUAUUAGGGACAGACCCACAUACUCUAUCAAUGACAAUAUUUUCACAUUAUCAUUUAAAUUUAGAACCCCUGAAAAUGUGCAAAGCAUAAUGUAUUUUGCUUUUACAUAUCCUUUUACUUAUGUUGAACUUGAAAAAAUGUUUCUUACAAUUGACAAAAGAUUUACAAACGUUCAACCAACAUGUGAAGAUGAUAUUUAUUAUGUAAGAGAAACUGUUUGCCAAUCAUUAGAUGGGAGAAAUAUUGACUUAAUUACAAUAUCGUCGUAUCACGGAAUGACAGACAAGAGGGAAGACAGAUUAAAACAGCUAUUUCCCGAUGAAAAAGUUGCCAGACCUUUUAAGUUCGAUGAAAAAAAGGUUAUUUUCAUAUCAGCUAGAGUACAUCCAGGUGAAACACCUUCAAGUUUCGUUUUCAAUGGUUUAAUAAACCAAUUAUUGUGCCGGGACGAUUUAAUUGCAAUUCAUUUAAGAAAAUUGUAUGUGUUCAAACUUAUACCUUUUUUAAAUCCAGAUGGGGUUGCCCGUGGACAUUACCGUACUGAUACCAGGGGGGUCAAUCUCAACAGGGUCUACAUGCAGCCAGACUUUAAGGAACACCCUUCUGUAUAUGCAGCUAGAGCUUUAAUAAGAUACUACCAUUAUGGUUUUGAAAAAGAGGACGUGAUAAUAACCUGUGACAAAUGCGAAUUGCUAAACCAAAUCGAUAAGGAGUCAAAGGAAGACCAAAAUAACGUGCAUAACGAUAAAAUCAGUAAAAAAGUGUCGCACAUGACGCUCGAGGAGGGCGACAAAAAACCGGCCCUGUGGUGCGGCAAAUGUAAGGCCAACAUAAAAAAAUUAGAGGAGAAUAUGCCGGGCAUAUCCGAUCUAAUACCAACAUUAAACGUUAACAAUUCUCUAGGCGAUCAGUUUUGCCGGCAGUGCGGAGAAAAAAUUGAAGAAGAAAUCGAGACGAGCAAAGUGACUUGUCACGGGGAUUUUACCACAAUGGAAUCGGGUCUGUUUUUGUAUAUGGACUUGCAUGGUCAUGCGUCAAAAAAAGGCAUUUUUAUGUAUGGAAAUUACUUUGAAGAUACUGAAAAAAGCGUCGAAUGCAUGUUAUUGCCAAAGUUGAUGAGUAUUAACAAUCACAAUUUUCAUUUCAAUUCGUGUAAUUUUACCGAAAGAAACAUGUUUUUGAAGGAUAAACGUGAUGGUAUGAGUAGAGCCGGUUCAGGUCGUGUUUCCGUUUUAGCUUUAACAGGACUUAUUAGAAGUUAUACUUUAGAAUGCAAUUACAACACUGGAAGACUUACUAAUAUACUGCCGCCCACUAUUAGGGAACCCAGUGAAAAAGUUCACUCAUUACCUGUGCCACCUAAGUAUACACCAUUAAUAUUUGAAGAGGUCGGAAAAUCAUUGUGUUCAUCGAUUCUGGACUUGACAGGCGACAAUCCGAUGUCCAGAAUUUGCAAUUCCGAAUUUCGAUCUUUAAGCGGCUUGCGCAACUGGUUGGCGAUCCAGUACCAUCAAGAAAUGUUGGAUAAACGCCACAAGCCAAAAAUGACAAGAAAAACGUGUAGCCUACAAAAUCAGGGUAAAUCGAAGUUGAGACCUCCAUUGGCAAAAACAGUAGCAAAGAAAGUAAUAUCAAAGGCGAGAAAUCCAAUCCUGCCAAUCGAACGCAAAGAAAACAUUUUAGCUCAACCAAGUACCUCAUUUAGUUCAAAUAAUAAGCAGUCGUUGCGACAAAAUAAAUUUGGAUUAAAGUCAAAAUCACGAAAAGACUUGACUUUGAAGUCGAAAAAUGCUUCUAGCGAAAAAUUAAAAGCGACCACGAUGCGUCAAAAAUCAAAGUCUGCAAACGCAAAGUUGACAGGUAUCGAAGAGGAUGAUAAAAGUAAGGGAGACAUGCAAAUUCGCGAAAUUUGUUUUAUUAAGAAUAACGAAGGUAAGACAUUAAUAGCGAAAUACAAAAAAGCCAAUAAGGAGGAUCCAGAGGAAAACUUGGUUGUGACGUGGGGACCUUCUACAAAUGCCACUAUUUACACACAAAAAGGUAAGAUAAACGCAAGUAAGUUUGGUGCUUCCCAAAGUUGCGAGCCAGGCACAAGCAAACAACAGGGUCCAGUGCGAAUACACAAUUUUGCUAAAUCACCAUCGUUUUUUAAAUCAAAAAAGCACAGUCUUAGGCGAUUAAGUGGAGCCGAAUCUUUAACCAAAAUAGAGAAAAAGAAGAAGAAAAAGAUGAAAUCUAAAUAAAUUUUUUGUACAUUUUUCAAGUGAUAUUUUUGUGAUUUCAGUACAAAUGUUUUUAAAAAAUGUAAUAUUUGUACAUUAAAAAAAUUUGUAAGUGACUAUGACUAAAUUAUUCAAAUAUUGUUUUUAUUUAUUAGGUGGUAAUAUAAAUAAAAAG